AAAAUUUCCUUUCAGCCUUGUCUUUCCUGCUUGGUAAUUCUUUUGCCUUCGUCUGCGGCGCCUUCUCCUUUUUCUUCAUCCUCAAUCGGGAUCGGAAAAAUUCCUGAUUCUGUUCUUUUGUUUCUUGUAGCCUGUGAUUUUAGGUUCUCGUGACUACCGGUUUGUUAUUUGCUUUUUUGGCACUUCGAAGUGUGUCUAACGCUAGAAAAUUAAUCUAGUUGUCUAGGAGGAGCCUUUAGAAGAAAGAUAUGUCUACCAACAUUAUAUUCAGUUCAGAAUACUAAUCUACUUGAAAAGUUGUGUUGAAAGUUCUUUUGCUAUUGAUUUAUGAUAUUGCCCUGAGAAAGAAGGGUUGUGAUAUUUUGGCAAGCUUUGGAAUCAUGCCUAUUUCAGGACGUGAAGAGACUGGGGUUAAAUCCUAUGAUGGGCAGUUUAGUGGUUUAAUUGCAGCUGUGCCUAUCAAGAAAAGGAGGUUCCCCUUGAUUCCAACAGUUUCACCUUUGUCUGGAGAACAAGGUUCACCCACUGAAGAAACUGAAUCACUACAGAAAGAACAUUUAAGUACUCCUCAAGGAUCAACUGUAUCAAAUGCCAGUGUUGCAGAUGCGCCAAUUAAGAAAAGAAGGCUCCCUUCUGUUCAAGCUUCAUCUCCUUUGGGAGAACUUCCUUCACCACCAGAAGAAAACAAUGCAUCGGAUACCAAUAAAGACCUUGCAUUUGAAGAAAAGAAUGCAACUUCUGAUGUUACAAAUGCUAACUUCGCCCAAAGGAAUCCCAGUUACGUGAGCCCCAAAAUUGAGAAACCAGAUCUUGCAAGGCACUCAAGAACUUUGGAUGAGGCGGACAGCAAACAGAAGUUGACUGCUAGUGAAAUUUAUGAAGAGAAAUUGGGAGCCCAAGUGAAGAAGGAGAAUUCACAACCCUUGUUGGCUGACUUUGCACUUAAUAUAGGAUCCAAGAUUACCGAGCAAAGUGUUGAAGAGAAAUAUAAACAGGAGAGUCGUGCCAGUACUAAUUUAUCUUUAGGUUUUAAGGAGCACUUAUCUCCAGCUGUGACAAGCCUUGAUAUUGGUGAGGGUUUUCAGAAAACUGAGAAAGCAGAGUCUGUUUCAUUGAAAUUAUCUCUGAGCAAGGAAGAAGGUAGUUCAAAGAGUUUUAAUGAUGAUGCUAAAACUAGUAGGGCAAACUGGGAUCUGAAUACUACAAUGGAUGCAUGGGAGGAACCUGGAAGUGAUGCCACUUCAGGUAAAACAUCAACUUCUAGCUCUGGGCUGCAAAUAGCUGGCAGUGCACUUGAUGCUAAUAAUGUUAUGUGCUUCACUGGGAUGGAGCCUACCAGCAAAGCCUCCCAAAAGCACACCGCUACUGAGGAUCUAAACAAAACUUUCAUGAUUUCAUCCAGACUGUAUGGCCAACAGUAUAAAUAUGUUAACCCUCGUAAUCUUUGCAUUGCUUCAUGUCCUCAGAAAUACACUGGAGAACCUUCUAGAUUAUCCGUUAUACAAAAAUCAGACUGUGCUAUUCCUACUUUGAGCUUGGCAAAUGUGUCAGCUUCUGCUGCUGAUGGAAACAAAACUAGUGUUAGAACAGUAAAAUCAGAGCCCUUAGAUGAGAACUCGAAACAGGAUUUGAAGGAGGCUAAAACUAGUCCUGUGAGAUCAUUAGAUGGAGUCAUUGUCAAGGAUGAAUUACUUGAGCGUUCCAGUGUUGAUUCUGUCAAGACUUCUUCAGAAGGUAGCAAUCUUAAGUUACUUGGUCCUAAAUUUGUUAAAUCUGAACCAGGUCAUUCAAAUAAUCAGGAAAGACCCAUGACAAUGGAGAGUGUAUCGGAUCAAAUUGGUGCAGGGUUGCUACAGGCAUCAGAUAACUGUUCUUCCAUUGAAAAGCCAGGGACUUUAGAAUCAGUGCCAUUUUCUGCAGGGGGAGCUUGUCCUCCAGUGGAAGCCAUAUGUACAGAACAGUUGACCACCAGCGCAAGGAUAGUUAACCAUUUAGAAAAUCAUGCUUCUACAGAUAAAGCCUCUAUUGAUGAAGAAGCAGCUCAGGGAGAUUGUUCAGGUGACCAGCAGGCUCCUCCAGAAACCGUUGUCACAGCCAUGGUUGAUAAUGCAGUAUCAAGUGGUCCUCCCGUAGAGGAUUGUGCAAGAAGAAAUGAGGAAAAUGCAGAUGAUACUGGGGGAUGCAGGUUGAGACUCAUGAAUGAGGUCCCCUCAGAUCCACAGUGCAGUGGCGAAGAUGGUGUGAGUGAUGAUGAAAAGAUAACCUUAUCAGCUGAUAUGCUAGAGGAUGAUUCUUAUGGUUAUGAUUAUGAAUCGGAUGGCACUCAUUCUUUAACUGUUGCCAUGGAUAUAGAGCAGCAUGGUGAAGAGGAUGAUGAUUAUGAAGAUGGCGAGGUUCGUGAACCAUUAAAGCAUUCUGUAGCAGAAAAAUCUGUUUGUGAGGUAAGAGAAGUAGAACGUAUUGUUUCCGGUAAUUGUGAUGAUGGCAAAGGGAUUGAGAAAGAAGUGUCAAGUGGUGAUUGUCCCAUAUCAUCUCGCAGAGAAGAAAACGACAAUAGAACUGUUACUUGUAGCAAAAUUAAUUGUGGUAAAGAUGGUAUUGACAGUGAAUCUAUCAAUAUGUCUGAUAAUGUCACUGACAAAACUGUGUGUCUACAAGAGUCAUUGGAUGCUGAAAAGCCAACUGUUGGCCCUCAAAUAAGGUCGUCGGAUCAUUCUGAAAGGAAUAAAAUCCUUAAUGCUGCAGAGAGCAAAUUAUUAUUGGACCAAGGCAAUAAUGGAAGCAAUGAAGUAGGUGUUGCUCAGUGUGCAGAUGAGGUUGUCAAGAAUCUGGACAUGGUUAGAAAAACUGACUCAGAUUUGCCAAAGAUGGAAGUAUCUGUAACUAUUGAUGAUGCAAGCAAGGAUGUAACUAAUGGUGGUAAUCAAGGAAGGAUUAUAAAUUUGGCCCAAGCUGCUGGUUCUUUGUCCCCUAAAUCCAGCUCCAUUCCAGGCAGGGGACUGUCAUCACAAGCUGGAAGGGAUGUAUUACCUGAUGAAUUCCAUCAUCAGAAAUUACAUGGAUUAAGAGAUGAUGUUUAUAUUGAUGGUCCUUGCAAAUUUUCAAGGGAAAGGCAUCAAGAUAUUUCACCUAGAAACUCAAGACUAAGUUUUGUGCGUGGUAGAGGGAGGAUUAAUAGUCGGAUUGACACAUGGAAGUCUGACCGUGACUUUGCUGGUGAAUUUUAUAAUGGUCCAAGUCAUUUUCGUGGUCCUAGGCAUAAAUUUGUAUCUGCUAUUCAUGAUGCCGAAUCAGAGUACAAUAAUGUUCCACAUGAUAGUUCGUUUGUUGGUAACAAUCGGUUAGGUAGGAAGCCCUUGAAUGAUGAGAGGCAAGUUGGUCGCCAUAUCACUUUGAGGAGACGGUCUCCAAGGGGUAGAGAGGGAAUGCAAAUGGGGCAGAGAAUUCCUAGAAAUAUGAGCCCAAGUAGAUGUGUUGGAGAUGAUGGUUCUGAGUUUGUUAAUGUGAGGCAUGGUGACAAAUUUUUGAGACGGUACCCUGAUGAUACUCUAGACCCUAUGUUUUCACGUCCCCAGCCAUUUGAGAGAGGAGAUGGCCGAUUUACGCGGGGAACUAGGAACUUCAUUCAGAGAAGGGGUCCUCCUCGAAUUCAUUCCAAGUCUCCUAUCAGAUCUAGGAGUCGCUCACCUGGUCCAUGGUCAUCUCCUCGGAGAAGAUCUCCUAGAGGAUCACCAGAUGGGUACAGUGGACAUCCUGAAUUGGCCUAUCAACGAUACAGGGUUGACAGAAUGAGAUCACCUGAUGGUCCCAUUUUCUCUGGGGAGAGAAGAGUAGUUAGGAGGCAUGUCUCUCCUUCAUAUAUGUCUCGUCCUUCUAAUGAUACCAGGGAUUUUGAUUCUGGAAGGGGUCGUGGUCAUCCCAGGUCUAUCAUAUCCAACCGGGGUACAUCUGGUCGAAUUUUGUUUAGAAAUAGAAGAUUUGAUGGUGUAGAUCCCCAAGAUAGGGCGGAUAAUGACGAGUACUUUGGAGGUCCUAUGCAUUCUGGACGACAAUUUGAACUAAAUGGUGAAGGAAAUGGUGAUGAGAGGAGAAGAUAUGAGAGGCGGGGACCAGUUAGAUCAUUUAGGCCUCCUUAUAAUGGUAGUGUUGGUGAGAAUUUUGAUCUUGAUGCAGAGGAUGGAGCUAGACACUACAGAUUUUGUGCACCUGAUUCAGAAUUCCAAGAACGAAGCAGUGUGAGAGAGAGGGAAUUUGACAGGCGCAUCAAGAGUAGGCCAGCAAAUAUGCCACCUAGAAGAACAAGAAAUAUAGAUGAGCAGGAAGCAAAUUUCAGGAAUAGUGGACAGGAAGUUUGGAGUGAUGACGGCUUCGAUGAUAUUUUUAGAGUGAAGAGAAAAAGAUUUUAAUUCUGUAGCUAGAAAAUCUGAUGCUUAAUGCUGCAGGAUAAUUAGGUAAUCUGUACUGCAAAUUUUCGUCUAGAAAAUUAUAUUAGAUUAUUUUGAUUUAUAGAUAUUAUCUUAUGUUGGAAGACUUCUUGACGUGUCACACUAAUUCAACCGAAAGGGCAGAAUGGCCUCAGCAGUGGAUAAAGUGAUGGAUGUAGGAUUCAUAAAAA